AUGGCGAGCGCACCACCCCAGCCACAUACAGGAGCAGACAUUGACCAGCCACCCCAGCCACAUACAGGAGCAGACAUCGACCAGCCACCCCAGGCACAUAGAGGAGCAGACAUCGACCAGCCACCCCAGCCACAUAGAGGAGCAGUCAUUGAUCAGCCACCCCAGGCACAUAGAGGAGCAGUCAUUGAUCAGCCACCCCAGCCACAUAGACGAGAAGACAUUGAUCAGCCACCCCAGCCACAUAGAGGAGCAGUCAUUGAUCAGCCACCCCAGCCACAUAGAGGAGCAGACAUUGACCAGCCACCCCAGCCACAUAGACGAGAAGACAUUGAUCAGCCACCCCAGCCACAUAGAGGAGCAGACAUUGACCAGCCACCCCAGGCACAUAGAGGAGCAGACAUUGACCAGCCACCCCAGGCACAUAGAGGAGCAGACAUUGACCAGCCACCCCAGGCAGACAUCGACCAGCCACCCCAGGCACGAGAGGAGCAGACAUUGACCAGCCACCCCAGGCACAUUGAGGAGCAGACAUUGACCAGCCACCCCAGGCACAUAGAGGAGCAGACAUUGACCAGCCACCCCAGGCAUGUAGAGGAGCAGACAUUGACCAGCCACCCCAGGCACAUUGAGGAGCAGACAUUGACCAGCCACCCCAGCCACAUAGAGGAGCAGACAUUGACCAGCCACCCCAGGCACAUUGAGGAGCAGACAUUGACCAGCCACCCCAGCCACAUAGAGGAGCAGACAUUGACCAGCCACCCCAGGCACAUAGAGGAGCAGACAUUGACCAGCCACCCCAGCCACAUUGAGGAGCAGACAUCGACCAGGCACGUAGAGGAGCAGACAUCGACCAGCCAACCCAGGCACAUUGAGGAGCAGACAGCGACCAGGCACGUAGAGGAGCAGACAUCGACCAGGCACGUAGAGGAGCAGACAUCGACCUGGCACAUAGAGGAGCAGACAUCGACCAGCCAACCAGGCACGUAG